UCUAACAAGAAAGGAGAGUCCAAAUAAAUAACCCAUCGAGCCCGUCUCUCCCUUCACAACCCCAUUCCCCUCGUCUUCCUCACUCUCUCAAAUCUCUGCGCUCUCAAAUCGAACGCCAUGACCAACCAAGCUGAAUCCUCCGACGCCAAGGGGACGAAGAGGGACUUCAGCACAGCGAUUCUGGAGCGCAAGAAGGCUGCCAAUCGCCUCGUCGUCGACGAGGCCAUCAACGACGACAAUUCUGUGGUUGCUCUCCAUCCGGAGACCAUGGAGAAGCUCCAGCUCUUCCGCGGCGACACCAUCCUGGUCAAGGGGAAGAAAAGGAAAGACACUGUUUGCAUUGCACUUGCUGACGACACAUGCGAGGAGCCAAAGAUUAGGAUGAACAAAGUGGUGAGAUCAAACCUGAGGGUUAGGCUGGGAGAUGUUGUUUCGGUGCACCAGUGUCCUGAUGUCAAGUAUGGAAAGCGUGUUCACAUACUUCCUGUGGAUGACACCAUUGAAGGGCUUACUGGAAAUCUCUUUGAUGCAUUCUUGAAGCCUUACUUCCUGGAGGCAUAUCGCCCUGUAAGGAAGGGUGAUCUCUUCCUUGUUAGAGGAGGAAUGAGAAGUGUCGAGUUCAAGGUUAUUGAGACCGACCCUGCCGAGUAUUGUGUUGUUGCCCCAGACACAGAGAUCUUCUGCGAGGGAGAACCUGUGAGGAGGGAGGAUGAGAAUAGGUUAGAUGAGGUUGGUUAUGACGAUGUUGGUGGUGUUAGGAAGCAAAUGGCUCAAAUUAGGGAGCUGGUAGAGCUACCAUUGAGACAUCCACAGUUAUUCAAAUCAAUUGGUGUGAAACCACCGAAAGGAAUCCUGCUGUAUGGACCACCUGGAUCUGGGAAAACCCUCAUUGCAAGGGCAGUUGCAAAUGAAACUGGUGCUUUCUUUUUUUGUAUCAAUGGUCCAGAAAUCAUGUCAAAGUUGGCUGGUGAAAGUGAAAGCAAUCUCAGGAAAGCUUUUGAGGAAGCUGAGAAAAAUGCACCUUCCAUCAUCUUCAUUGAUGAGAUCGAUUCAAUUGCUCCGAAGCGAGAGAAGACUCAUGGAGAAGUCGAGAGGAGGAUUGUUUCUCAGCUGCUAACACUCAUGGAUGGUUUGAAAUCUCGUGCCCAUGUCAUAGUUAUCGGAGCUACUAACCGACCAAACAGCAUUGACCCAGCUUUGAGACGAUUUGGGAGAUUUGACAGGGAAAUCGAUAUUGGUGUUCCAGACGAAGUGGGGCGCCUUGAAGUCCUCCGCAUUCAUACAAAGAACAUGAAGCUUGCUGAAGAUGUUGAUUUGGAAAGAAUUUCUAAGGACACACAUGGCUAUGUUGGUGCUGAUCUUGCUGCUCUCUGCACUGAAGCUGCACUUCAGUGCAUCAGAGAGAAGAUGGAUGUCAUUGACUUGGAAGAUGAGACGAUAGAUGCAGAGAUAUUAAACUCCAUGGCAGUUACAAAUGAGCACUUCCAUACAGCUCUUGGAACAAGCAACCCAUCUGCUCUGCGUGAGACAGUGGUUGAAGUGCCGAACGUGAGCUGGGAAGAUAUUGGCGGUCUUGAGAAUGUCAAAAGAGAGCUUCAAGAGACUGUUCAAUAUCCAGUGGAGCAUCCUGAGAAGUUUGAGAAAUUUGGAAUGUCACCUUCUAAGGGAGUCCUUUUCUAUGGUCCUCCUGGAUGUGGCAAAACUCUUCUGGCCAAAGCUAUAGCCAAUGAAUGUCAGGCAAAUUUUAUCAGUGUGAAAGGCCCUGAGCUGCUUACUAUGUGGUUUGGAGAGAGUGAGGCGAACGUGCGUGAAAUUUUUGACAAAGCCCGACAAUCUGCUCCGUGUGUUCUAUUUUUUGACGAGCUUGACUCGAUUGCUACACAGAGAGGAAGCAGUGUUGGAGAUGCUGGGGGUGCUGCUGAUAGGGUUUUGAACCAACUGCUCACUGAGAUGGAUGGGAUGUCUGCGAAGAAAACUGUGUUCAUCAUUGGAGCCACCAACAGGCCAGACAUUAUAGACCCUGCACUUCUACGUCCAGGCCGUCUUGAUCAACUGAUUUACAUCCCUCUCCCUGAUGAGGACUCUCGACAUCAAAUUUUCAAGGCAUGCUUGAGGAAAUCUCCAAUCUCCAAAGACGUUGAUCUGAGAGCUCUUGCUAAGUACACGCAAGGGUUCAGCGGUGCUGAUAUCACAGAAAUAUGCCAGCGUGCUUGCAAAUAUGCCAUCAGAGAAAACAUCGAGAAAGAUAUCGAGAGGGAGAGAAGGAGAAGGGACAAUCCAGAAGCCAUGGAGGAGGACGUUGAGGAUGAAGUGGCAGAGAUCAAAGCCGCUCAUUUCGAGGAAUCGAUGAAGUAUGCUCGCAGGAGUGUAAGUGAUGCUGAUAUUAGGAAGUAUCAAGCUUUUGCCCAGACACUCCAGCAGUCGAGAGGGUUCGGAAGCGAAUUUCGGUUUGCAGAGGCCGGUACCGGUGCUGCGGGAUCAGAUCCAUUCGCAGCUUCUGCUGGCGGUGCUGAUGACGAUGACCUCUAUAGUUAAUCAGAUAAUCUCUGUGUUUCCAUUUCCAUUUCCAUUUCCAUUUCAAGCCCUUCUCCUUCCUGUUUUACUGUAUCCUGUUGCAAUUGUCUCAUGGGAAGGCCAUGGCUUCAUAUUUAUCCGACUUUGCUCCAAUCAGUUUCAUGUUCUGAACUUCCUCUCUUUCUAACAUUAUAAGCUAGUGGCCAUCCAUUUG